GGGGGGCGCACGGAGCUGGCGGCUUCGGCUGGUCUCGGCUGUCUGCAGCCGCACUCUCUUGCCUUAAGAGCUCCCUGAUCCUCGCGCGUGCCCGCGCGCGCGCAGAGGCGGCUCCCUUGUCCGGGCUGUGCAGCUAGCGCCGAGCAAGCGCUGCACCUGAUCGCGCCUCGCCGAGAAAGAGCGAGACGCCGGCUGGGCUGGGCUGAGCUGAGCUGUGGAGAGACAAAAGAAGAACCAGGCAACCCCAUCGAGGCAGCGGGUUCCCGCGGCUGCCGUCACUCCGGUUGCUCGCGGCACCUCUCGUUGGCGGACACUUGCUGCUGCUGGGGAAGGACAGGGGCGGCUGCAACUGAAGGAUAUCCCCCCUUUACAAAAAAAAAACCCCAAACCCUUCACUCCAUGGCCGAGCAGCCCUGAGGCGUGCGGCGGCGGCUGGAGCUGGAGCCCCAAAGAGAAGCGCGGGAGCCCCCGCAGCCGCCCCCGCGGGCGCUUUCUCUGGAUCCUCCGCGGGAUUCUCGCCUCGGCGGCCGGGCGGCGCACGAUGCGCCCUGCUGCUCUCUUCUGAUCGCCAACCCCACCGCGAUGAUCUCUCCGGAUCAGCAGCAGCAGCUACAGCAGCCCAACCAUGUCGUGGCGACCAUUGAGAAUCUGCCUUCCGAGGGCAGCGGCGGCGGUCGGAGCUGCAUCUCCGCCCCGCCUUCCUCCGGUGUGCGCCAGAAGAUCCGUAAAGUGUUUAACAGGGAGCUCCUGUUAUCUGUAGCUUUGGGGCAAGUCUUAUCCCUGCUGAUCUGUGGUAUUAGCCUAACCAGCAAGUAUUUGUCAGAUGAUUUUCAUGCCAACACUCCUGUCUUUCAAAGCUUUCUGAACUACAUUCUCCUAUUUUUGGUCUACACCACAACAUUAGCUGUUAGACAAGGUGAAGAAAAUUUAUUGGCAAUCUUAAAACGAAGAUGGUGGAAGUACAUGAUCCUUGGAAUAAUAGAUAUAGAAGCAAAUUACCUGGUAGUUAAAGCUUAUCAGUAUACCACUUUUACUAGUGUACAGCUCCUAGAUUGUUUUGUGAUUCCAGUUGUGAUCUUACUUUCUUGGUUCUUCCUCCUGGUGCGAUACAAAGCAGUGCACUUCAUCGGGAUUGUGGUUUGCAUUCUGGGCAUGGGUUGCAUGGCAGGAACAGAUGUGCUUGUUGGAAGACAGCAAGGAGCAGGAGAAAAUAAGCUUAUAGGUGAUCUUCUAGUACUAGGUGGGGCCACUCUCUAUGGCAUCUCCAAUGUCUGCGAGGAGUACAUCGUACGAAAUCUGAGUAGGGUGGAGUUCCUAGGGAUGAUUGGACUCUUUGGUUCCUUCUUCAGUGGAAUUCAGCUUGCCAUAAUGGAACACAAAGAAUUGUUAAAAGUUCCCUGGGACUGGCAAAUAGGAUUACUAUAUGUUGGCUUUAGUGCCUGCAUGUUCGGCCUCUACAGCUUCAUGCCUGUGGUCAUUAAGAAAACGAGUGCUACAGCGGUCAACCUCUCUCUUCUUACUGCAGAUUUAUACAGCCUUUUCUGUGGAUUCUUUCUCUUCUACUACAAGUUUUCAGGACUUUAUCUGCUGUCAUUCUUCACAAUCCUUAUUGGCCUUUUGCUGUACUUCUCUACAUCCACAUACAUUGCCCAAGAUCCACGGGUGUACAAGCAGUUCCGAAAUCCUUCAGGACCUGUUGUAGACUUGCCAGCCACUGGGCAGCUAGAACCUUCAGUAACAUACACCAGCCUCGGCCAAGAAACGGAAGAAGAAUCUCAAGUCCGUGUUGCCUAAACUCAGGCUCUGCCACCCUUGGUGGAGUUUGUAUCACCAUUAUCUCUGUAUCAUUCAUAGAGAAAGGUAUUUUCCAGAUGCAGUGAUUACAGUCAGCUGCAAGGUAGCAAAUAGGGGAGGUUUAUUAAAAAUAACCAUCACUAUUAAAAUCUUUCCAAGAAUACUUGACUAGGAGUAUAAUUCACAGUCCUUUACUUAGAGCAGUGCUUUUCAAUCUCUUAAGGAGACGUUGUGAAAUGAUAGGGAAACUUUCCUGAAAGACAGUUUGCCUACCUUAAAGCCUCCAUUAGAAUGGAACCCAUAUGUAUGUUGUAGAGGACAGACUUUAGUUUACAUAGGGUGAGGCAAACAGGCUUGGCCAGAGCCAUAUCUGAACCGAAAAUCCAUUCUACAAUAUGCCCUGAGACCCUUCGCAGUAUGUUGGGGACAUACAUAAGUAGAUUCUGAGGGAAGAGGGAGGGGGGAGGGGAAGGGAAAAGAUCACAAGGAAACCAGUGGACAAGUAUCUCCCAGUGUCACUUUGCUAACCUUUUCCAUCUGGAAUGCUGAAGCAACAGUACAAUAGUAAGGCCUCUGAACAGAAUCAAUAUGAUUUAAAAUUGUUCUAAUUCUUGGCAGAAAUGCCAUUCAAGUCAAAAGAUACUAUGCAAAAGGAUUUAGGAAACGGUUUUUCUUUUUAAUGUAUUUUGCCCGAAGACAUUACUUGGGAACAUCAUAUCUAACCAAUAGGAUGAACCUUGAAAGAUAAUUCUCCAUUAAGGUAUAUUUUCCCUGACCAAACAGUGACCAAAAUGAUACUGGUAGAUUAUUUUCCACCGUUACACAUUUUUCAUUCAGAAAAUAAAUGAAGUCCUGAGAACUAUUUUUGUGCAGUUUUGUCUAGUUGGGCUUUAAAAAGAAUUUCAGUGCAGGUAAAGUUGAUGGGGAAAAGAGAUGAAAUGGGAAUGAAUACCAGAUGAGAAUUGGAACAGUUGACGGCAGGUGGGUUAUCUUCAGUUUUUUUUCAACCUCUAGAACUCCACCGGUCUUCCUGCUUCGCUCUUUCCAAACAAAACUGAAACAAAAAAACAACCCUUCCACACACACACCUUGACCUGGGGGAAAAACUCUUCAGAACAAUGUCGAAUGCUCCCAUCAAGGGGUAGAUUCCAACUGAGAUGUGGGAACUGACUACAAGUCCCCAAAUCCUUGUCAGGAAAAUUCACUCUGCAUACCAGUUUCCACCAAGAAUGGGUACUCUUCCUCAGUGACAGUGAUAAUUUCUGGAACAUUAAUGCCAAAUUUGCAUUCGAGUUCCAGGCAGCCAGCAAGAAAAGAGACAAUGCUGUGCAUCUAAAAAAAAAAAGAAGAAGCCUGGCGCUGCUACUCCUUAUCUCCUCUUUUUGAUGUAAUGGAAGCGAAAGAGGCAGGCUUUCAAUAGGGCCUGUUUCAUGUAAGUUUGAAUGAAGACUUGAAAACCUGAAUAUUUUCAGGAUGAAUGUGGAUGUGUUCGCCAAUUACUGAUGGAAAGGGACUAGAAGCAUGGGAAGCAAGAAAACUUGGUAAUUAGCACUUAAUGCAGCAAGGGAAAUGCCUAGUAGGGCCAAAUAUACAUAGAUAUUAACAACUGUUGUCCAACUGAGGUACACAGAAUCUAUACCUUAGUGCCAUUGUGUUCAUUCAGCUACCUUAGCUAUCUAGUUGCCCAUUCUCUGAAGCCUUUCUUAGCCUGGGCCCUCCUGAUGUGGUGGGCAGAAUUCUCUCACCUCUGGCUGUGCUGCCUAGGAGUUGCACUGCAACAUCUCUUGAAAGGCUGAGGUUUUGGGAAGAUGACUCAGAAGAAGUUCUGGGAAGCCAUGGAUGGACAGCUACCAAUAUCCAUCUCUAUUCUAAGAAUAGGUUGAAAAGAAACUUUUUAACCUUUUUAAAAAUAUGUGCAUAAUAAUAUAGUAGUCAAACAUUGACCUCUGAAAUAUUUUUUACAGUAAUAUUAUGGGCAGCUGAGAUUUGCUGAUAAAAAAGUACGUUUCCAUCUUCAGUGUCUUAACCUUAGAGAUAUAAACAGGUUCCUUACUCUUCACAAAUUUAGUUGCUACUAAGAAAAAAGAAAUGGAAUAUUUUUGUAGACAUUCUGUCCAAGAGAAGAACACAGGAAUAGCUGACCUGGGCUGCUCUCAUUCACAAUCUGAUACUGGCCAGAUCUGAACUGUUUAGAACUCAGUGUAUUCAGAGUCUUUAUGCUUAUUCCAUAUUUUUUGGAGGAGGAGACCUACAUAACUGAUAUUUCUUCUGAAUCUUUGUCCAUUGUUUUUGCUUUCACUCAAUAAUCCAUUCCUGGUUCCAGAUGCAAUGGCUGCUUAGAUCCUUAGUCUUCUAGUAAGGAUUGACCAUUCCUUUCCUUAACAAAAUUCUUAUGAUUGUCACUGCUCAGUGACACAUGCAUUAUGCUCAAACUGGUUAAUUAAAAUAUAGCCUCAUUUCCUGGUUAGGAAAAGCACCCAACUGAUUUUUUUUCUCUGUCUGCAAAAUUAAUUUAGCAAUUAGGCAGUAGCUUUGUUUCCCUGAAGAAUAUUGGCCAGAGUCAUUCUUUUAUAGUUAUGUAUUCAGAAAUGUAAUCAUCUGAAUGAAGUUGAUGGCACAACAGUUCUCAAAAUACCACUACUUCCCAACUACCAUAGAAUUGGCCUUACUUAAGCAGGAUUCAGUUUCCCUAACUGGGGCCUUGCCUUAAUCAUGGCUACAGUUCUUACAAAGAAAAAGAGGCAUCAUACUAUGUUCAUAGUGCCAUAAACAAUAUUAGAAUCAUCUCCUGUCUUUUAACAUCAGAACAAAGAUAUUCCUGUGACUUAUGAACCUUGAAACUGAACCAGAAAAAAAAAUCUGAUUUCUUUAGAGCUUCUAGUUCUUGAAAGAAAAUCAGGAUAGCUGUUUGUUUCAACGAUGGGGAAGCUUUUCAAAAUGUGUUGUUAGAAUGGAAGAAUCAAAUAACUUCUUUUAAAACUUACUCUUUCUGCACAGUUGAUCACAGUAAUACUGGGGCUGUGUACAUUUGAAAUAUGAAUCAGAACAAGUAUUUUGGAUCCUCUUGGUAUGAAUACAGCAUCUUGCUGCUCUUCAUUAGAGCAAACCUGAUUGGCUGAUUUCAGGUUUCUGAAUUAGCCUGAAAAAAAAUACAUCAGGGUUUUUUUUAGAUGCACUAAUUUAAUUAUUUGAUUCAUUAAAACAGCAGGAUCUUUUUUUAGACUAACUCAGAAGCCUGAGAGAACAUACAUUUGUUUUAAUAAGUGGCAAAGAGCUGUUGUGUUUGCAAGAAGUCUGAAGCAUUUUUUCUUGAUAAUAUUUGAAGUAUGCCCAAUUUUAUAAAAAAAUAUUAUUUUACCUAUCUCAGGAGAAAAAGAGCAAAGAGAUGAGGCUACAAAGGUACUAAAUAUUUCCUCAAUGAGCUUAGUUUGCCAAGGAACCUCUUUCUUUUGUUCUUAGUACCAAAAGCUUGCAGUAUGCAGUACAGUCGAAAUAAGCUACUGCAUUUUUAUGUGUGAAAAUUACACUCACGAAGUCCGUUCUUUUGAAAAUUGAUCUUCAUAAUAAUCCCAAUUCCUCUGAGAGCUGCAUAUUAUAGCACCAUCAUGCAUUGUUCCAUUUUAGAAAUCCAAUGUGUAUAUCUUUGGUGGUAUAGAACUAGGGAUUUGCACAACUUGAAAACACUUUUUUUCACACUCAAAACAAAUAAUUGUGUUCAUGUAGUUCUACUGAACCAUUUUGAAUUAGCGCUGAAGAAGAAGAAAAAAACAACCCCUGAAACACUUUCAGCCCAAAUAAAAUCCAAAGAAACCCCGUAGUGAUUUUUUUACAUGGCAAAGAAAAUCAAAGAGUAUACAUUGUGUUUUCUCUUCCAUUUUCCUCCAUGUGGCCAAUGGGCCAGACCCUCUCUUUCCUAUCUCUCUUCAAUCCACAACUAAUAUCCUGCCCUCAUUCCAAUAUUUCCAGUGCUUUCCCUUUUCCUUUCCCCUCCAGCUACCUCUGAUGUUUGCAUACGCUGCUGUCAGAGAAAUCCCUCAGCCUUGACUUUUUCCUAUUCUUAGACUCCCCAAUCAAUUCUGUCCAGAGGAAUCAUGUUCAGUCCAUGCCCCAUUUUUUUUGUCCUCUACUUCGACCAAAACAUUUGAAAUACAGAAUUUGGUCCUGGCAUAAACCACAUCAACUAUUCUGCUUUAUGUGCAGAACAAUAUGCAUAUGGAAAAUUUUACACACUCCUCUUUACAAUCAAAUGCCUUCAGAUAACAACCUCGCACACUCUAGCAUCAACUCCCCUUAGCUACAAACAGCAUGACCAAUGGUAAGAGAUUGUGGGAACUGUUCAACACAUCUAGAAGGAAGUUUGCUUGCACUGACUCACCUGUUUUAUAAUUUACAUAGCCUUCAUUGGUUUUCUGUGCAAAGAAGAAUCCGACUGUGAGCUACUUCGACAGUCUUCCUCAUUCCAGCUGCUCUCCAAUUAUAAAACUAGAAAUCCCAAGAUCUGACCAUUUUAGUUGGGAAUCCUGUCCCAGUAUAUCUGAGAGAUGCCAGGUUGGAUCAUUCUGAGGUAACUGGGUGUAAGCAAUAGCCCUUUGCUUAAACAAUGCUAUCAAGUGGCCUUGUUUCUGCUUCAUUUUGCAUACAAAUCAAAUUAUUAAGACUAUUUUGUAAAUUAUUCUGUGACAAAGAUUCUGUACUGCUUUUUGCAACAGUCUUUCACAAGCUGGGUGCAGAGGAGAGGGAUAGAAUUAGAAACCUCACCUAUAAAACAGUUGGGCAAAAUUACCAUUUCUUUUAGAAUCAGAAUGUUACUGCUGGGUGGUCAUUCAUAUAUUUAGAGCACAUGUUAUUCCUGAGGGUGUACAUGAGUUCCAGGCACUGCUUAAAUAUCACUGAUAUCAUAUUUCAUUGUGGCUUAAAUAUUGGCUUGACACAUUACAUCAAGUCUCUCUUGAUAAAUGUAGGCUUUAAUUCUGAAUAUGCUUGGAUGUAUCUAAAAGAACAGGGUUUAAGUGUGUUCAGGGGCCUUAACUGUUUUCUCAGGUUUUAAAAAUCAGAAGUCAGCUGAUGAGCAUUGCCAUCUCCCAGUCCUUUUUGCUACCUUUUAUACCAAUUAAAUACCUUUCUCUGAAUCUGUGGUUCCAUGCUUGAUCUCAAUGACUUUCUGAAGAACUUAUGCCUUUAUUUUCUUGCUUAAGCAUUUGUCUUUCAUAACUUUUGAGGACUUUUAUUUAUAGUAUUUAUUUUGUAAGCCAAAUGUUGUUGUAGGUUCUCUUUUAAAAAUAACUCAUUCUUAUGACACUAAUUUGUAGAUUACUUUCAGUAGGAGCGAUGAGAGGCAUCACUCAGCUCACUCAAUGCUCUUCCUGAAAUAGAGCAUUGCAAGUUGCAAUCUUUCAAGGCUGGAUGGCCACCAUUGAGCUUCACCUCCUCCCCCCAGCCCUAAAAACAUUUCAAAUUAUUCUUUUUGCAUGGGGCAAGGAGAAUAGACAAAAGAGGUGGAAGACUGGUAUGUUUAACAAUGGAAGCUGCCUUAUAUUAAAUUAUUAUUGCUUCAUUGAACCCAAAUAAUGUUUUUCUGGUUGGCAACAAAUCUGGGGCAGAGGUCUGCCAGUCCACUAAGUUCCUGUAUCUGCAGAAAAUGGUGUUUGGCCUCACUGCCUUCUGCUUAGAAAUCAACAAUUCUUCUCUUGAGCAGUCGGCUUUUUAAUUCUUCUACAAUUGAACAAUGUUGUUAAACAUAUUUAUUGCCUAAAUGAAAUGCCAAGAUAAAUUGAUUGAUGCAUAAUGAAAUGUCAGGUCCAUCUGCAAGAGUUUCUUUGUCUGAUGUCUUGCCAGUCUAAGAAUUGGGGGGUAGGGGCGGGUGGGGCAUCAGCAAAGCUCUUUUAGUUCAGCAAGUAGCUACACUAUCAGUUUAGCCAUUGACUUCAUUGGAAAAUGGAUGGGCCAGUUCCUGGAGGUGAAAAAGGUAUUCAGCUAUCCUGACUGUACUGAUAUAGUUCAGUAACUGAAUCGGAAGCUGUAGCAACAGUUUGGUUUGUCUUCUACUAGAAAACUCAAGAAUACAAUCAGCAACCAAGAUAGACCAAGCAAUUGAUGUUUUGCAUCACUGUGUCAGAUGAAGAUGCUUCCGUACAUAGUUUUAGAUAUUGCUAACUUGUGCCAUUAACAUUUUCAACCAGUGUGUUGUAUUUUCUCUUUUUAAAAAUGACAUUAGUAUUCUCAAGCUAGCUAUAAAUAUCAAUUUUACCCCAUGGGUAGGAUUUUAAUUGUUAAAUGCCAUAAUAAAAGCACACUAAUUUUGACACUUACAAAUGGAAGUAAGAACCAAAAACAAGGAACGUCCACAAUAUUCACUCAGACAAAUUAUCUGUUUUGAUAUUUGCAUGCUCCAACAUGGACUGGCUGUGGCAAUGUAAUGCCUGUAUAAUGUUUUCAAAUAAUAAAAAAAGAUAAUCCUUUA